GGUACCACCGCCGCACCUGCGCGCGCGUUUGCGUCGCACACGCCGCAUCCGCUCCGAGCACUCGAUGAUAUGCCGCCGGUACUUAGGUCAAACCCUUUGUACACCGAAGAGGAAGAACAAGAGAUAGUAAUAAUCGUAGACUCACUGGAGACGGAGUCGGUGGAGGUCGCAGAUGACACCCGGAGCCCUCGACGAGCGCCAUCUUACUCAUCAGGUUAUGGCAGCGGUGGAGGCAGCCACGGUCGAGUAUCACCAAGUUUACCAAAGAAUGAGGAAUAUGAAGUUGAGCCGAGGCUCUCAGACUCUGAAAAGAAUGGAUCUCAAAGUACCUCCGAUUGUGAUGGCACUCCACCAUGUACCCUCUCCAGAAGUUUGAAAGAAGAUAUCCGCUCUUGUUUGGGAGGAUGCCGAUGGGAGAAAGAUGUGGGUCAAGUGGUAGAAGCGGCUGUCCGUGGGGCUGGCGGUGUGAGUGCUGCUAGGGCGCGGCUUCACGCUGCCCUUCUAGCCCUACAUGACCCGCGCAGGGGCUUUAACCGGGGACCAUCGUUACCGUAUUGUGGGCCUGGCGUACGACCUGGUGAUGUCACCAUGAUGCCUAAAUCUACAGGCAUGUCUUUACUGGCAGCCAGCGCGCUUUUCACUCUUGAUGGUGCGAGAGGUGAGGAACUAUCCAGGCGCCUUGCUCGCAGGCAUAAACAGCGCAGACGUUGUCGCGUUGCUCUGGCGUUGAUAGCGUUACUGCUGCUUCUUGCUGCAGUUGCUGCAGUGGAAUUACUCAUGUCGAGAGGGCAGAGGAUAUUUGGAGCUGUUUUACGUUGACAUAUGCAGGCCAAGAACAAGAAUUUCGUUACAAAAACAGUUAUUGUUUUGAUUGAUGUGAUGGUAUUGAACAUUUAGUUUUAAUUCAAAUCUCAAUGCCUUCUGAUCAAUUAAGUAUUAUCUAAUGUAAUAGACGCAAUGUCCACGGUCCGCUUCACAAGAAGUAUAACGUAUCAAUAACUGUAACGAUAGAAUAUUUGGAAAACAAAUAAAGACGUUUUCUUUUGCGAACUAGCGUAUCUCCUAUGCUUCCGUAGGAGAUACCACCUCUGUUUAAAGAAAGAGUAUUCGCCUCCCUCAAGGCCAGCACCCACUAAAAUGAGUGUCCAUGGGCUGCGAUGACUUCCCUUUAUAGCCGUUCCGUAGGCUCGAAAAAAAAUGGAGAAACAUUACCUGCAGGAUUACUCUGUAUGUUAUGCCACAUUCAAACUAUAUCAAAUUUGGGUUUGCCGUUGGUUGACGCAUUUUAAAUCUGCACUUUGUUUGUGAAUACCAAUUUUAUCAUGAAUUAUUCUGGUGUGUUUUGAUGUAUAGAAAAUUGUAUUGUUUAAUAUUAAGUAAGGAAAUUGCGUUUUAUCUUAAAGAAACAGAACCGAUUGUAAGGGCCAGUCAGUUUGAUUCUUUCCGAUUUGCAAUAUCAAACUAUUAGUUAAAGGUCAUAAUGUUAAUUCGAAAUAUAUUUUUAUUUCAUUACCUAUUUAUUUGAUAAUGAAAACAAUUUAGAAUAACAAAUUCAGAGACAGGUGGUGUUCUAGUGUUUUUUAAGUAUUUUUUCAAAUCGGCAUUUUGAUUUUAGAUGUUGAUUUUGAGAUGUAAAAAAAAUGAUAGAAAUAUUAGAGGAAUGUAACCCGAGUUCCUGCUAAUGUAAAUUGUGAUAAUUUAGUGUUAAGCAUUCGAAUUAUUAGCUUAAGUUUAAAAAAAAAAUUGCGUAAAGCAAUGUAAAAUUACCGAUGUAAAGGUACGGUGAAAAAAAUAGUAUAAAUGUAAAAAACUUUUAAAACCUUUUACAAAUUUUGAGUAUUUAAAAUGUGAUAAUUAUAUUUAGAUAAUAUUACCAAUCCGAAUUAUAUGUUAGUAUGAUAGAAUUAUUUUUAAGAAAAUUUGUUUUUAAAUGCUGUAAAAGCCCACUUAGAAUAAUUAGUUUAAUUUAUAUUUUAAUGUUAGUCGUGAAUCGCAAACUAUGUUGAAACCAUUAAAUUCCGAGCAAAUAGUUGAGAUUAUAUUAGAGACACCGUCAAUAAUUUUAUAUAUUUUCUAUUAAUGUAAAUGAUUUAAGAAACUUUGUUCAUCAGCUUCAGUUUAUAGGUUGACGGUGUUUCUAAAUAUUUUUUUAGAAUACACACCAAAUGACAGUGAAACAUUUGUUUGUCUAUGGUAUUUUUUUAAAUUUAUAUAAAGUUUGACGCUAAUUUUCUGGUGUCACAAAGGGCCUACCACGACUAUAACAGCAAAACUGAUGAAAUUUCUUAAUUUUUCAUGCAAAUGAAAGACAUUAAUGUAAUGUAAAACAAUCUUACUGAAUUAGUCAUGGAGCCCAUGAAGAUGUAAUCCAAUUCUUUAUUUAGGUAUUAAAUUGUUAUCUUAUAAAAAUAAAAUCAAUAAUAAAAUAAAUCAGUGGCGCUACAACCUUUUUUAGGUCCAGGCCUCAGUUUUAUGUAUAUGUUUCAUAAUCAAUCUAAUAGGCAAGUGAUUUAAUGGGUGAUUAGCCUCUUUUGCCUUACUCUUGUGGAGUUUUCGGGUCUAAAGCAAACCGGUUUAUCACGAUUCCUUCACCGUUCAAGCGGAUGUUGAAUACGCACAUAUUAAGAAAGAUCAUUGGUGCACAGGCGGAGAUGGAACCUACGACCUCAGAGUCCCAUGCUGGAGCUCUAUUAAUUACAUUAUAUAUAUGUUAAAACAAUAUAACAUUCUUCUUCUAAAAAAUAAAUGUCGGAGGUCUCUAUCAUUACAAUAACUGUUUUAGGUGAUAAUGAAGAAAAUAGUUUAAGUUUUAAA